UCACCCUCCCAGAGCGUUGUCGAUGUGACCUUUCUGUCGGAGCUGUCCGAGUUCAAGCUUAACGUGUGGAAAUUGUCAGAGGACCCAGUAGAAAUCGUUGGUGAGCAGCGACAGGGCUCCAAAUCCCUUAAAAGCGCUCGACUUCCCUUCCUGGACACGACCGCGCAGCUUCGCUCCCUCAGUCCAUGCCCAGACUGUCACGCGGCCCCGGGGCAGCUGCUGCUGUUCAACACCAUUGAGGGCUUCAGGGGCAGCGACAAGCAGAGCCUUAUGCGCCAGGUGUCGGGGCAAAUCUGGUCCGACAUCCUGUGCGGCGCAGCGGAGGCUGAGCCCUGGAGGUUGUGUCGCUUCCUGCUGCUCAUGCACGGAGAUCUCAAGCACUAUAAGUUCCAUUACUGGUUUGCCUUCCCCGCUUUGAAGCCGCCCGCGCCCUUCACUCUGGCUGCCCCGCCCGCCCCGCUGGCGUCCGCCCUGCCGCCCACGGCUAUCGAGCUGGUGAGAAGAUAUAGCAGCACUGCCCACGCAACAACCCCCCCGCCGACCCGCUGUGUGUUGCUUUCCUCAGCUGAGCUACCUUUGUUGCAUGCAUGCCCGGGUGAUGGUGCUGGGGGAGGAGAGAGCCCGAAGAGGCGGCAUGUGGUGUUGGUGUUUUCCGACGGCAGCCACCAGGCGGAGUAUCCGGGCUGGCAGCUGAGGAACGUGUUGCUGAUGGCGGCGGUGCGGUGGAGGGUGCGGGAGCUCAGAGUGUUGUGUUUGCGGGAGAGCAGUCGUGGCGGCGGCCGCUUGGAUCCACAGCGCACCGUGAUUCUCGAUGUACGGCUGCCGGACAUUGACACACGCAGCUGGCCACCGCCGCCGCCGCCGCCGGCUGCGGCCGCGGUGGGGUGGGAGGCUAAUGCUCAGGGCAAGUUGCUUCCCAGGUUCCUUGACCUAGGCCCUCACAUGCGGCCGGAGGCACAGGCGGAGCAGGCAGUGGAUCUCAACUUACGGCUGAUGAGGUGGAGGGCGGUUCCGGAGCUGGAGGUCGGGACAAUGGCGACAACAAAGUGCCUGUUGCUGGGUGCGGGCACGCUGGGCUGUGCCGUCGCGCGCACCCUUCAGGGCUGGGGUGUACGGCACAUCACCCUGGUGGAUAGCGGCCGGGUGGCCUUCUCCAACCCUGUACGACAAUCCUUAUUUAACUUUGAGGACUGCCUGGGGGGUGGCAGGCCCAAGGCUGAGGCGGCUGCGGAGGCUCUCUGCCGCAUCUUCCCCUCCGCAGUGACUCGGGGGGUGCAGCUGUCCAUUCCCAUGCCGGGACAUCCACCGGCGGACCCGGCGGAGGAGCAGGCCCUGCAGCAGGCCACCCAACAACUGGACGAUCUGGUUUCGGAGCAUGACGCUGUGUUCCUGCUGACCGAUACCCGAGAGUCCCGCUGGCUGCCUGCGCUGCUAGCCGCAGCCCGCCGCCGCAUCGCCAUCACCGCCGCCGUCGGCUUCGACUCCUUCCUCGUCAUGCGCCACGGCGCGCCGCCAGGCGCCGCCAACGCACCGGCGGCCUCCGCCGGCGGCCAGCGGCGCCUGGGUUGCUACUUCUGCAACGACGUGUUCGCUCCGGCCAACAGCACGAGGGACCGGUCGUUGGAUCAGCAAUGUACGGUGGCUCGGCCGGGGCUGGCGCCGGUGGCGGGGGCGCUGGCGGUGGAGCUGCUGGCUGCGCUGGUGCAGCGGGGUUACGCGGGGGAGGCGGCUCUGUGUGCUCCGCCGCCCAGCCUAGCCGGAAUGCAACCAGAUGCCUCCGCCCCGCUGGGUCCCGCGGCCCACAUGGUCCGGGGGCAGCUGUCCGCCUUCAGCCAGGUGCUCAUGGAGGGUUGGGCAUUCGGACAGUGCACCGCAUGCAGCGCCGCCGUGGUGGAGGCGUACCUGGCCCGCGGCUGGGGGCUGGUGCGGGAGGCGCUGCAGUCACCGGCGGCGCUGGAGGCGUUGACGGGCCUGUCGGAGCUGCAUGCCGCCGCGGCGGCGGCGAUGAUGGAGGAGGAAGAAGUGGAGGAGGAGGACGAGGAAGCGGGAGAGGAGGAGGGAAAGGAAGAGCGGGAAAGGGGGGAGGGGAAAGGAAGAGAGGUUGGUGGGGAGGAGGCGAAAAGGGGGGAGGGGAAGGAGGAAGAGGACGAAGAUGACUGGACGGAAUUGUAA